UGAAGAACCUGCAUCCCGUGCGAGAUGUCGCCUAAACGGAUAUGGCUAAUUACAUCCUACACUGCAAUGGAGGAUUAUAAAGACAUUAUGCGUCGGCCUUGAUACCACAUUUUAUAUAAAACGGCAAAGGUCCGGGGUCUACGUCUUGCUGUGACUGGACAGUCAGGUGAAGCCAUGCAGGCAGACGAAGGGACUGAGUGGCUCUUGGAGCUGCUGACUGACGUUCAGCUCCAGCAGUACUUCCUGCGUAUCCGUGACGAACUCAACGUCACGCGCCUCUCCCACUUUGACUAUGUCAAGACUGAGGACCUGGAGAAGAUCGGCAUGGGACGUCCGGGCCAGAGGAGGCUGUGGGAAGCGGUGAAAAGGAGAAGAGCCCUGUGCAAGCGCAAGUCUUGGAUGAGCAAGUCUCUGUGCCUGGGCCAGCAGGUGUUCACGGGGAAGCGGCCGGAGUCCGAGUCCCAGGCAUCCGCCACCACGGUCCUGAGGGGCCCCUCACCCACCCCGAGCGCUGGGGAGCAACCAGCCGCCCUCACCUGUCUCAUCAGCGAGCGGGACCUGACCCUGUUGGAGAAGCUGGGCGACGGCUCCUUUGGGGUGGUGAAGCGCGGAGAGUGGCAGGCCCCCUCUGGAAGAGUGCUGAACGUGGCCGUCAAGUGCCUGAAGACGGACCUGCUGGAGCAGCCUGAGGGCCUGGAUGACUUCAUCAGGGAGGUGAACGCCAUGCACUCCCUGGACCACCAGAACCUCAUCAGGCUCUAUGGCGUCGUGCUCACUCACCCCAUGAAGAUGGUGACCGAGUUGGCGCCGCUGGGCUCGCUGCUGGACCGCCUGCGCAAGCGGCAGGGCCACAUCCUCAUCUCGGUGCUGUGCCGCUACACGGUGCAGAUCGCCUGCGGCAUGGCCUACCUGGAGUCGCGGCGCUUCAUCCACCGCGACCUCGCCGCCCGCAACAUCCUGCUGGCCUCCAACGAGCAGGUCAAGAUCGGCGACUUCGGCCUCAUGCGGGCGCUGCCCAAGAACGACGACCACUACGUCAUGCAGGAGCACCACAAAGUGCCCUUCGCCUGGUGUGCCCCAGAGAGCCUCAAGACGAGGACCUUCUCCCACGCCAGUGACACUUGGAUGUUCGGUGUGACUCUGUGGGAGAUGUUCACUCAUGGACAGGAGCCAUGGCUGGGCCUCAAUGGUAGCCAGAUCCUCCAUAAGAUUGAUAAGGAGGCCGAGCGCCUGGUGAAGCCAGAAGACUGUCCCCAGGAUAUUUACAACGUCAUGUUGCAGAGCUGGUCUCCCAAACCUGAAGACAGACCCACAUUUGUGGCUCUUAGGGACUUUCUGGUAGAGACAAUGCCCACCGACAUGCUGGCCCUCCAAGAUUUUGACGAGCCUGACAAACUUCAGAUCCACCUGGACGACGUCAUCACUAUCAUCGAGGGCAGGGCCGAGAACUACUGGUGGCGCGGUCAGAAUCGGCAGACGCUGAAGGUGGGCCAGUUCCCCCGGCAGGUGGUGACGUCGGUGGCCGGACUGUCCGCUCAGGACAUCAGCAGGCCGCUCAAGAACAGCUUCAUCCACACGGGCCACGGCGACACCGACCCACACCGCAGCUGGGGCGCCCCCGACAAGAUAGACGACUUAUACCUCGGUAACCCGAUGGAUCCUCCGGAUGUUCUUGGAGUGGACCCAAAUGCUGACCGGCCCACUAAACUCCCAAAUCGAGCCAAAAAGCUGCCACCUCCACGGCCUCCUCAGCCUGCCGUUCUGCUCAAGAAAGAGGCGUUCUAUGACUCGGUGAUGGACGAAGCCGAUGACCUGAUGGUGACCAGCGUGCGGAAGCUGUCCCUGUCCAAGCCGUCGACGUACCUGGGCCUGCGCCUGCGCCCGUGGGAGACGCAGCCGACGGACCGCCUGUGCGAGGUGUCGCUCAUCGACUUCGGCGACGACAGCUUCAGCUCGGCGUCGCCGUCGCCCGUGGCCGAGGCCCCCGCCAAGGCGCCGCCGCCGCUGCCCGCCGCCGCGCCUGUGGGCUCCAUCCUGGACGCGCCGGCUCCGGUCCAAUGCCCCGCCGCGCUCUCGCUGCCCAACCCGCUGCACCCCACGCCCGUGCUGGACUGGGACCGGCCGCUGCCCGCGCUGCCCGCCUACGACGAGGUGGCGCUGGAGUACGCCGAGCCGCCGGGGGUGGCGACGGCGGCGGAGGAGGUCGACGCCGAGGUCAGCUCCAUCAGCCGGCGCGCCGAGGAGGCCUGCCAGCCGCCCGCUCCGGCCAACGGCCCGGCCGCCGGAGGACCGUCCGGCGGCGAGAAGGCCGGCGUGGAGGACAACCUCUUCCUGAGCGCCCCCCAGCCCCCCGCGGAGGAGGCGCGCUCGCCGGCCCAGACGGCGCAGACGGCGCAGCUCUUCCAGGAGCUGCAGCGCGAGGUGAUGGUCAAGCUGCGCGCCCCGCCCGCCACCGCCACCGCCGGCCGCUCGCUGCCCUCCUCGCCCAUCCCCAUGGCCUUCGCGCCGGCCGCCCACCGGCAGAUCAUCCUGCCCUCGUCCUACGAGGACAAGCCCCAGGUGCCCCCGCGCAUCCCCAUCCCGCCCAUGCGCCCGUCCAGACGCGCCGGCGUGCCAGCCUACCGCUCCUCCAACUCGCUCGGGGACGAGCUCGACGGCAACGGCGCCGACGCCAACGGGGACGCCAACGGCGUGGAGCGGCCGCCGCGCAUCCCGCCGCGGGACCACGCCCUGUCCCAGCCCAGCUCGCGGGCGCCCAGCCCCAUGGGCACCCUGGGCGUGGGCUCGCCCCAGCAGAGGGCCGGCCUGUGCUGCGUGGGCACGCUGGGCGCCUUCCUCUCGCCCACGCCGUGCCUGCCCCCGUCCCCCGCCGCGCCGCCGCCCAAGCAGCCGGUGCUCACGCCGGCCACCCACAGCUUCGCCCGCGACCCCCAGUACACGGCCGCCGAGGCGGGCCAGGCGCCGGCCAAGAGCCCCUGCAUCCUGCCGGUGGUGUGCGACGGCACCAAGGCCAGCAGCACGCACUACUACCUGCUGCCCGAGCGGCCGGCCUACCUGGACAAGUACGAGCGCUUCCUGAAGGAGUCGGACGGCGGCGAGGACCGGAAGACCACCAACAUGGCCACCGUCCGGCCCAUGGUGAAGCAGCAGGCCACCAGCAGGCCCAUCUACAGCUCCAUCAGCAGCAGCUGCAGCGGCGGGGGCGGGAUGGGGAACCCACACAACCUGGCCUGGACCACCAACCAAGUCGCCGCCGCUCGAACGGAGCCCACCGCACCUACCUUCAACUCUGUCAAAUAUGUCCAGGAGGCGGUGCACGGCGUGACGGUGGAGGAGUGUCAGGUGGCCCUGCAGAGGCACAGCUGGAAUGUUCCGGAGGCCAUCCGCUACCUGAAGGUGGAGCAGUUGUUCCGGCUGGGUCUGAAGGCCCGCCACGAGUGCCAGGAGGCGCUGCAACGGAGCAACUGGAACCUGGAGCAGGCCAGCACCCAGAUGCUGGACUCCUACGGCCCCACCAGGCAGAGGCAAUGAUGACUGGGGUGCAAAAGAGGAGGGAGCAAAGUUCUCCCAUCGCAAUCACUGGAGCAAGACUGAACUUUCUCUCGCUGCAAGAUUUUUGUUUUUCCUCAGAGCUGUUGAUCAAGC